UUCAGGCAAUUUUGGUUUUAUAUUUGAUUGAAUUUGUGUUUCAAUAAUUUACCAAUGGAUUCGCCAAUUUUAAGACAAAUGUUCGUGGCCAGCGCCCCGCAGCUGGCAGCGAUUUCAAUAGGCGGUGUAGUAGGAUUCCCUAACGUCAUCUUGGAGCAGUUCAAGGCCAACGAUACCACGAUACAAGUAGAUAUACAUAUGGCGUCUUGGAUCGGUUCAACGCACGGACUCGCAGGAAUACCAAGCAUAGCAAUGCCAACUAUAAUGCAAUGGAAGGGUAGAAAACUAUCAUUCCUCUUAUGCUGCUUCCUGAUCAUCACUGGCUGGAUCCUGACCUACAUCUCCAAAAACGUGAUGACUAUAAUCAUCGCAGAGUGCUUCCACGGCCUUGCCAGCAACAGUCUUAUCAUCGUCAGUUUCUAUACCAUCAGUGAAAUGAUUGCCCCCAAAUAUAGAAUGAUCUCUAUGUCUUUUUACGCCAUCAACCAAACCUUCGGCAUGGCCGUAAUUGGAAUUAUCGCCAGAUACCUUCAUUGGAAGACCGUUACUAUCAUUAUGAGUGUUCCUAUAAUAGUAGCUUUUGUAACGAGCUGUGCUUGGCCAGAGUCUCCAUCGUGGCUGGCCUACAAAGGGGAAUAUACGAAAUGCGAGAAAGCCUUCAAAUGGCUGCGAGGGACGGACGAUAUCUCACAGAAGGAGCUGAAAGAACUAUUGAAUGCUCAAAGAGGAUCAGUGAAGCCCAAAGCCAGUGCGAGGGUUUUAUUGAAGCAAAUAAUAAGCAGAGAUUUUUAUGUACCAUGCUUUCACACUUUUGUAAUCUUAUGCGCGUUCUAUUGGAGUGGUAUUAUGGUUAUUUUCAUAUAUGGUCCAGAUAUCCUUCAAAGAGCUACAAGUAACUCGGCAGCAGCAAAGUACGGUAUGAUUUCUAUAAACAUAAUUUUGUAUAUAGGCAUAUUGACUACAACGUUUCUUUUAAAAAAUUUCAGUAACAAAACUGUUUUAUUAUUUAGCGGUAUUACUUCUACAGUUUUCUUGGUUUCCGCAUCAAUUGUUACAUAUUUACAAUCUAUCGGAUUAUUGCCUAGUAAUUCGAUGUUAAGCCUGUAUUGUGUUGUAGGUUUUAUGUUGUUUAUGAGUUUAGGAAUGACUACCGUAGCAUUUGUGAUACCAGCUGAACUAAUGCCAGUUAAACAUAGAGGGUUGGGAGGAGCUGUAUACGUGAUAUUACUUUGCUUACUUCAUGCAUCUUCUUUGAAGAUUUCUCCGUAUCUGAUGCUAUAUGUAGGUCUGUGGGGUACCUUCUUAGUGUACGCUGUUAAUGCUCUGGUAUGUAUGGUGAUCGUAUGGCGAUGUGUUCCAGAAACGAAAGGCAAAACUUUGCAAGAAAUUGAAGAUUAUUAUAAUUAUGGUAGUUUUGUUAGAAAUCCAAUAGAAAAUGGUGUUAAUGAAUUGCUAUGAAAGUGUUAUUUUUAUAGUUGGGCAACGAAAUUCAUACCUACUUAUGUUUCGUGUAAAGCUUAUAUUGCAUUGGAUCUCAGCUUUACUUUAGACACACCACUGAUAAUCUACAUUAGGCGCCGGGCAGACGCUGUCAAAUUAUUACCGUAAAACACUAUCGAACUAUGAAACUGAUAAAUUAAGUUUUUGGACAAGUUGAUAUCGUCUGCAGGGCAAUUACGGCGACUUUCUGUAAUGAGGAUAAAAUAUUUACUAUCAUAUGUCAUGACGUCAUGAUCAUUGCAUUAUCGUACAUCCGAUAAUAAUAACCGGGCUUCUUCAAAUCACGAGUGAAUAGGUAUUUUCUAGGCAAGCGUGCACCGUAAACCAUAUCAUCACUUACUAUCAGGCGAGAGGUCAAACACAAGCCUAUAUACUAGAAAUAAGAAUCUUCACAGUAUUCACAGGAGACGUAAGAAUAACUCACAAAUUAUAAUCAACUACGGGUCAAGACUAUGUAUUUAGUUUUCGUAAUAGAAUUAUUUAAUUUA